AUGGACUCCACCGGCAGAGCGGGGCCCCGGAUGCAGGGCUGGAGGUUGCUGCUGCUGUGGCUGUUGCUUCGAGAAGGAGCACUGGCCCUGGAGUGCUACAGCUGCGUGCAGAAAGCAGACAAUGGGUGUGCACCCCACAAGAUGAAGACGGUGAAGUGCGCUGAGGGCGUGGAAGUCUGCACCGAGGCUGUGGGGGCGGUGGAGACGAUCCACGGGCAAUUCUCAGUGGCAAUUCGGGGCUGUGGCUCUGGAAUUCCCGGCAAGAACGACCGCGGACUGGACCUGCAUGGGAUUCUGGCCUUCCUCCAGCUGCAGCAAUGCACCCAGGACCGCUGCAACUCCAAGCUCAACCUCAGCUCCCGGGCACUGGACCCGGCAGGAAACGCCAGUGCUCCUCACCACAAUGGUACAGAAUGCUACAGCUGUGUGGGCCUGGGCCGUGACGCAUGCAAGGGCACUGUGCCACCGGUCGUGAGUUGUUACAAUGCCAGCGACCGCUUCUACAAGGGCUGCUUCGACGGCAAUGUCACUUUGACGGCAGCUAACGUGACUGUGUCCUUGCCUGUCCGGGGCUGCGUCCAGGACGAUCUCUGCACCCGGGAUUCGGUGACUGGCCCGGGGUUCACUCUCAGCGGCUCCUGCUGUCGGGGGUCCCGCUGUAACUCAGACCUGCGCAACAAGACCUAUUUCUCCUCUCGAAUCCCACCUCUGGUGCUGCUGUCUCCUCCCCCUCCUCCUAAGGCCACCUCUGGGGCCCCCAACACCACCUCCUCGGCCACCACUUCCACCGCCGCCCCCACCACCUCCACCAGCCCCACUCCCACCUCUGCACCCCCAACCACCCAAGCGCCUACCAGCCAGUCUCCUCCAAAGGUUAAUGAAGUCGAGGUGUUGAAGGAAGAGGGGUUCAACUUGGCAGGUGGGGCUGCAGCUGGCCACCAGGACCGUAGUAACAACUUCCAGUUAGACACGAAAGGUUGGACCACCAGUAAGGGCUCCACGGCUCCCUCUGCCCAGCUGGCGGCUCUACUCUUGGCGGUGGCUGCUAGAGCCCUGUUCUGA